AUGUCCACCGCAUCACCCUCGUCCAUCUCGCAGUCACCCGAUAAAGGAUGGCUUGAACAACUCACAUUCGACCUUGUUUUGACAGUCCUGAAUCGCACACUUUUCCACCCAUUCGUCGCCUGGGUCGGGGUGCUCAGCCUCCGGGCCCAGGCCACCCCUUACACCCAUUUCUCGUUCAUGAUCGCGACGUGCUAUGCGGUCUUCCUCACGGUCUUGGCUCUUGCCCGUGCGAUGAACCAGAGAUUGGCGCAUGGGCUUCCCCGACUUGUUGACUUAAGCGAAGAGGUUGUUGUUGUGACUGGAGGUGCGAGUGGCCUUGGCUUACUCAUUGCCCGGAUAUAUGGAUUACGUGGAGUUAGUGUGGCCGUCUUGGACAUCAAGGCUGAGAGCGAUAUCGAGGGAUGGGAAGAAGUGACGGGAGUGGACUACUAUCAGUGUGAUAUUACUGAGCGAGAAGAUGUGGAGAAGACCGCAAGGAGAAUUAUGGAAGAGCUGGGUACACCGACUGUGCUUAUCAACUGCGCGGCGGCACGAAUUAACGGUCAACCACUCCUGUCUCUAUCUGCAGAGGCAUUCCAGAAAACAAUCCGAACCAAUCUACUUGCAGUCUUUCACACUUGCCAAGUAUUUCUUCCCGGAAUGCUAUCCGCUCAGAGUGGAGGUACCAUCGUCAAUAUCAGCUCCGUCCUGGGCCAGCUGUCCGCCGCCAGCUUGUCAGACUACUCUGCGAGCAAGGCAGGUCUUAGCGCCCUUCAUCGGACGUUGGAAGCUGAGCUUCGUAUGUCGAGAAAUGAUCAGAUAGUGAAAAUGCUGCUGGUGGAGACAGGGCAGAUAUCAACGCCUCUGUUCAAAUCGUUUAAGACGCCAAACAAGUUUUUUGCGCCAGUUCUUGAACCAGUCCAUGUCGCUCAGAAAAUCAUUAUCGCAAUAGACGAAGGACAAGGUGGCCUAAUCCGGCUGCCGGCGUUCGCCGUUUUCAUCGACUGGUAUGCCGUACUGCCUGCCAGCAUACAACGAAUUGCCCGUUAUCUGAGCGGUAUCGACCAUGCUGCUUUACAAGGGUCAUAUGAAGCAGACAAGUCAAAACAUGGUGUGUCGUCGAGCCAGAUAUCGCCAGAUGAACUGAAAGUCAAGAAGGGCGAUUGA